GUCAGAUUCGUUCUCUCCCACAAUGUAUCAAUGCUAACUGUUUUUGUCUAGGGACAGGUUUAGGAGACCAGUGGCAGUGCGCAUGUGGUUGUGGAUGAUUCAUCGAGAGUCGAGUCCAGUGAGCAGAGCAACUGAGAGCACUUGACAGCGGCGAGUUUUUUCGCGUUUUUUCGGACAAUGAAUAUUUGACAAGAAAUUUGAAUGAACAAAUGACCACUAGGAGAGAGGCGAUGACAAAACCUUGAUGCUUUGGUGGACCAUACAUAGCCAUACGCCUGGCUGAAGAAAAUCUAAACAUCUGCUUCAGGGAAAGGUGUUAAUCUUACUUGACAACUAGCCAUAAUGUUUUGGAUUUGACUUGCUCAGUCAUCAAUAUGGUGCUUUCAUAUCAAGCAGUGUUUGUAAGGUCAUUUAACUGAACAUUUUUUUGAGGUAACUAGCUAGCUAGCCAGGCUACUGCUUGCUUGAAUUUGCUAGCUAGCUUACUAGCCAACGUUAGCAAUUGGACCUGCACUUGGUAUUCAAUCAAACCAGCCGAUUCAGUCGUCAAUUCAGGAAUUUGCGGUCGUGCAUGUUAAUGCAUCAUCAUCUGUUUCAAUAGCUCUGCCAGCCCAGCACACCCAUGAUCCAGCAGGCAGCUGAUGGAAGAUCCGGUUCCCAACUUGCCCACCAUGGUCUCCAGGCUGCCCAAGUUUGGCUCGCGCCCCACGGCUGUGGCUGCCACCGCCCCACUGACCAAUGGGACCCGCCACCACCCUGCCUCCAGCACCACGGGCAAAGGGUUACCCACUGCCACCACCAGGCAGAACGGAACAAUCCGGAUGUCGUCCUCCUUCUCUCUGAAGUGGAAGAAGGGAAAAGGGGGAUACCCUGUGGAGAGGGGGGGGGACUCAUGGGAGGAGGACAGAACUGGACAUCAACCCCGACAAACGCAGCACUUACCAAUGGUGGUACGGGAGAUUAAGAAGCCGUCAAGCAUGCCUGCCACAGUUAAGGUAAAGGGGUGUGCUUCCACCUUCCCCAGGACUAUACGCUCCAGAACUGGGUCUCGCGGGGCUGUCCCCAAACAGGCCUUGUCUGGACAGAGUCUCUGCAAUGGCAAAGCGGGUCUCAAAGGCCAGGCGGGUGGUGGUGGGCGGUCUGGGACCGGUUCAGUCAGGCGGGGCCAAAGCUGUGGUUCUCCCCACAGCAACCUGACCAGCAGCCUGUCCCAGUCCAGCGACAGCCUGGAGACGGCCACAGAGGAGAACAUGGUGCGGUCCCAGAGCCUCACCCACGUCAAGAGGAUCCCCUCCUCCACCGAGCCACCCAUCAUCCGCUCCUACUCCUUCAACAGGUCCUCCGAGCUGGCCAAGGAGCUGCCCAGGCCUCUAGCCAAGUCCCCGCUGGUCAAGACAUCUCCCCUGGCCAGACCAACCCCUGUGCUGAGUAGUGGGGGGAGAGGAAAAGGCCUACAUCUUAGUAAGUGUGGACCUAGACCAGUGCCAGGCAGGGCUGGGUUGGAAACAACUAGCUGCAUCUUGCCACCCAUCACACUGAGGAAGUCCUUAGUACCUAGUUCAGCCUCCUGCACCACCAAGUCUUCGGCCCUCAGCUACAGGCUUACACGACCCUCCCUCAUCAAGCAGCCUUACCUUGUCCUGGCCCCCACCUCCCAGAAGGUCCAUGGCAACAGAAAGGAAAGCGAGGGGAGGAGGAACUCGGUGGAGAUGCCCGCUGUCAACGCAGACCUGACCAACAUCACUGACAACCCAGGGAGUACCCCAGAGGGCCUGCUAGAGGAGCCUGUGGCCCCCAGUGGAGUCCAUCCCCUGGGAGAAGGCCUGGAGGACAUGUCACUCUCCUCCACCUCCUCCCUGGAGCUCAACGACACCAGCGAGGAGUACAUGGAUGAUUUUGACAACCUGGGAAAUGGAGGAGACGGCAUUCUGCUGCUCCCGGCCCAGAACGGAAGGCUCGAUCAAUCACAGCCUGACUUGGAUGAUGACAACGCAGACGUCAACCGACGGCACGGUGGAACCUCCAUGACUGGCCUUCACAGCUUCCUGUCUGACAGUGUGGACUGGGCCAGGAUGGGACUCACUGGGGGGUUGUCUCGGCGUACUAGCCAGGCCCUGUCUGGGGGUGCAGAAUACCCCCUUGGCUCAUCUCUGGUGGACCUGUCCCCCUCAGACUCUGGCUCGGGGGGGACCUACAUGUGGGACGAGGAGGGUCUGGAGGCCCUUGGGACCAUCACACACCCCUGUGGGAGUUACGACUCAGACCUCAACAGCAUGGACAUACUCAACAACCUGGACAACCUGGAGUCUGGGUGUGACCUGGAUGACGAUGACCUCAUGCUGGACGAUGACCUCCCUGCGCAUGGCUCCUUGCACAGUGAUACUGAUGGGAUGUCCCAUCUGACCCACUGGAGAAGACAGCUCUGUUGGAAUGCAGAGGAUCACCUCCACAAUGACAACUGUAGUGACGUUGGGUUCCAGCCGUAUGAUGGGUACCAGGGCACAGGCUUGUCAGGUCUUCAUCAGGCUGUGGAGCUGGACGAGCUGACUCUGAAACACAUGGCGGAGGACUGCUGCUCUGUCAAGACCCAGCUAGAACACCUGAAGCUACUGCUGCAGGUGGAGGUUGGCAGUGAGAUGGACAACACUCUGGAUACAUCGAGUCCAGAAUCCAGAGAGGACCCCAUUCGAGCUCGACAGGUGGAGGAGCUGUUGAAGGAGGUGCAGGAGCUGAGAGAGGAGCUGAGAAGUAAAGAUAGGAUCAUUGCUCAGCUCACCAAGCAUGUGGCUGUUCCUGUCGAGCCCACGAGAUGCCACUGCCAGCAGCACAGGGAUGUGGAAAGUGUGACGGUGACCUACCAUGACAAGGCCACACAGACUCCACCGUGGAGGGGACAUGCUCCUCAAAUACUACAGCCUUCCAGGCCAUGGCCCAAGAGCGUGCAGCAACCUCAACCCCAGGAAAGACUAACAAGCUCAGCCCACACCGAGGCCCCCCGGGACUCCUCCAACCCAGGCUGUGGGGACCCGGCCAAAAUGAUUCCUGCCCCUAGCCUCCCGCAGUCCCCCGGCUCUCUGAAAACAGCCUCCAUCCCUAAAAGGCCACAGGAAGGCCCCAUAACCAACUCCACUCAGACGUCCAUGGCAGGCUUCCCCAGGGUGGUGAGAGGAAUCCAGUUUAGGAGCAGUCCCAGGCCGGGCUUCACAACUCCACAGUCCAGGCUGCUCCCACCUCCCUUCAGAGGUCUGCCUUGCUACAGCUCCGUAAACCAGGCCUCUGCACCCUCCCAGGGCCCUGCACUGCCGGCCUGCCCCCGGACCAAAGCACCCAGACAGACUCCAGGCCUCAGAGAACCAGAGAUUGGCGGGUUCAAGGCCAGAGAUCUAGUCCAUCCCAGCCUCUUACGACAUCCCAAGCCAAAGAGCCACUGACCGCUAUCUCUCAACUCUCAAACAUUGACAUGUAGCAAGACCACUCAGCACCACCUUCUACCCAUUCAAACCCAAAAGAUCUAACUUCUUCUAAAGGCUUCCAGGCCUCACCUCAGCAAGGUUACCGUGUCUACCCUGUAGGAAUGGAAGACUUGUAGAUUAUAUCCGAAAGAACAAACUAGGUGGUUCAAGCCCUGAAUGCUGAUUAGCUGACAGCCGUGGUAUAUCAGACCGUAUACUACGGGUAUGACAAAACAUUUGUUUUUACUGUUCUAAUUACGUUGGUAACCAGUUUAUAAUAGCAAUAAGGCACCUCGGGGUUUGUGGUAUAUUUCCAAUAUACCACGACUUAGGGCUGUGUGCAGGCACCCCGUGUUAAAUUGUGCUUAAGAACAGCCCUUAGCCGUGGUAUAUUGGCCAUAUACCACACCUCUUCGGGCCUUAUUGCGUAAAUAAAUAUAUGACCCCACGGACUAUUUUAGCUAGCCUGCUGUGCUUCCAGUAAGACUUACUCAAGGUCCGAAAUAAAAGUGACCCGUGUACAUUUGGUAUCUGCCUUAUACAAAGGCGUCAAGCAUAACACAAUUGUUUUUCCCCUCCAAAAGCACGCUUCAGUACAAUCUAUCAAAUCAAAUUGUAGACCUUACCGUGAAAUGCUUACUUACAAGCCCUGUACAGAGUGCAGUCUAGAUCAGUUAAAUGCACAUAUUGUUUGUGUGAAAUGUUGUUUCAAAGUGUGAACUUUCAGGAUGCUUGACACUUACAGUCCCCCCAGAACUUUGACUCUCUGGCCAAAACGUGUCCCAGAUGAUGGUUCCUCAUGCGUACGUACACCAAAACGUAUCCCAGAUGAUGGUUCCUCAUGCAUACGUACACCACAACAUAUCCCAGAUGAUGGUUCCUCAUGCAUACGUACACCACAACAUAUCCCAGAUGAUGGUUCCUCAUGCAUACGUACACCACAACGUGUCCCAGAUGAUGGUUCCUCAUGCAUACGUACACCACAACAUAUCCCAGAUGAUGGUUCCUCAUGCAUACGUACACCACAACAUAUCCCAGAUGAUGGUUCCUCAUGCAUACGUACACCACAACAUAUCCCAGAUGAUGGUUCCUCAUGCAUACGUACACCACAACAUAUCCCAGAUGAUGGUUCCUCAUGCAUACGUACACCACAACAUAUCCCAGAUGAUGGUUCCUCAUGCAUACGUACACCACAACAUAUCCCAGGUGAUGGUUCCUCAUGCAUACGUACACCACAACAUAUCCCAGAUGAUGGUUCCUCAUGCAUACGUACACCACAACAUAUCCCAGAUGAUGGUUCCUCAUGCAUACGUACACCACAACAUAUCCCAGAUGAUGGUUCCUCAUGCAUACGUACACCACAACAUAUCCCAGAUGAUGGUUCCUCAUGCAUACGUACACCACAACAUAUCCCAGGUGAUGGUUCCUCAUGCAUACGUACACCACAACAUAUCCCAGGUGAUGGUCCUGCGUGCGUAGGUACACCACAAGUACAACUAUCUGACCUUAAUAUAGCAUUUAGGUGCCCUAAUAAUAGUUGACUUACUGAACUACUACAUGAUACCUGUAUGUAGUUGUUGCGCUUAGUAUAGCUAUUGACGUGAUGUACUCACUGAACAGUGUCCUAGAUGAAUGAAGACGAUAUUAUAACACAGAAAAACGGUUACAGGAACAGAGAAUCCCUUUUUACUUGAGCGGGGAACACUUUUAGAAGUGCAGAUAUUUUGGUUAUAUAGACUAGAGAAUAUAGUUACAUCAGAUAUUGUCCCUCUGGCUAAACUGGGGGGAUUCUAACAGCUGUGUUAGGUUCUAAAGUUCCCCUUGCCACUUCUCAGUAUUACUUCUCUCUGGUUUCAAAACACCUUUAUUCUCUCUGCCUUGCGUGUUUUGGUGCAUCCUCAAAUGUAGCUGUAGCGACCACCGUCUACCGACAGUCAGUCAGUCAGUCUGUCCGUUGCAGUUGGAUUGAGACACAGGGAUAGCAGGGAUCCAUCCAGAGGAGCCAUCUUGUGCAGUUGGUGCUCUGACAGAGCUGUCUUUGUUUCCCCGUGCUUCCGUAAUGAGAAGGUCUAGUUUGGUCUGUAGGAAGAGGCCUCCUACACUCUACUGUAAUGACGCUGCAGAAGAGAAGGGCUCCGCUUCUAGAUGUGCUUCAGGCCAGGGCUCUUAAUAGAAGGGGAGAGAAAGAAAGAAAAAUAAAGAAAAGGUCCUAGCAUGAAACAAUAUUGCUGUUAUAGUGUGCAGGCUUGUGGUGACCAUGUGAUUCCGUAAUGGUGUCGAGUCGGGUCCAGUUGGCAUGGUUACGCGGCCGGGUGGCACAGCAGAGGGAUGUGUUGAUGUCAAGUGGUUGAAGCACAUGCUCAGUGUGUCCCUGUCGACAGCAGGGCCAGACUCAUUCCUACGGUAUAACACCCACCCUCCAUGUCUUCUACCACACCUUCUUCUCUCAGUCCUUCCCCCAAGGUUCCCAUUGAGUGUGUCACAGUGGGCCAGCGUGUCAAGGAGGGUAGAGAGGGAUACGACUCUCAUUCCUCUUCUUCAAAGCCAUAAUGUCUAACUACUUCCUGGUCCGUCGCUAUGUUUAGUCCUAGAGAGCUUUAAGUAGGAGCCUAAUGGGCGCCAUUUAUACCCUUGACCUAUCAGGUCCUUAUUUCCCUUAUGUCAUAACUGACCUUUUGAUCCCAAGUCUUCUGAUUGGUUGUAGAAUGCUUUGAGAGGAACAACAUCACCCAGUCAACACAGUCUCAAAGAUAAGAUUGAGAAUGGCUCUUUCUGUAACUUAAUUUGGUCAUUCUUCUUCCCCCACUAAAGCUUCCCAUGCUUUUCUAUGCAACACAGUUGUGCCCUACUCAUGGAAGAUAAGUCUCAUUGGUACAUAGUCACAGCACAGUGGACAAUGUGCUGUUGGCCUUCAUGUACCCCUCUCAUUAUGAUCCUAUGUUAAGCCAGCUGUAGUGUACAAGUGUACUUGAUAUCCCAAGCACUUGUCUUGCUGCCACACAGCUCUUGAAGUAUUUGUCUUCCCAUUUCUAAAUGAUUGAAAGCCAUGCCCCGUAAAGGUCAUGUACCCUUGUGUUAUAUUUGUCAAGCGUUUCGAAGUACAUUCGGCAGCAUUCCUAUCCUGGUUCCAGAUCAGUUUUUUUCUGACUCCAUCGCUGUCAUUGUCAAGCCAAACGUGUUUGGCAUGAUGAUGAGUGUAAAGGAGUUGUCAUGAUACACAAACAGACUGGCAACAGCAACCCCACAAAGUAUGUACAUGACAUCACUCCCAACAGUCCCGGGACAUGAGAAAUGUCACUCCAAAUCAAUUCUCCUAUUUGGAAUGCAAGGCUGCUUCCCCAUCCCACCCAGAGAAGAACAACAUACUUUUUAUACAUUUCAUCUCUUCAAAUGAUAAACAAACAAUAAAUGAACCUCUAUUUGAGGACCUGUAGGGAUGAGACAGAGAUGAAUUUAAUCAAUUCCUGUUUGACGGUGAGAGUCCCUGAUUUAAAGGAUUUAGAAUAUUCAGGGGUGGAAAUAUUUUUUAGAUUAACGAGAUCUUAACAGAAGCUCAACGUAUUUACCUCUGAGAAGUUCUCACCCAAACCCCCCAAAAAUAGUGACCUAAAGUUAUUGAAAAGGGUUACGAUUUAUUAAUAAUGCAUUAUUAUUUUCCGGUUGUCUAGCUUUGCCUUACCAUAAUAUGGUAUGUAGAUUGAACAAAAAACUUGCCCUCGAAUUGACUGUACGGUCAACAGGAUAGAAUAAAGAAUAAGGUCAUGGAGCAGCAAUGCUCUUGUGUAUUACAAAAGUGCCUGCUUUUGUGACUUCAAUUCUCGUGGUCCUGAACAUUUGGUGUGAUCUCCAUCUCUUUGAUUAAACUAGGACCAUAUAGAUAGUAGGGUAUGUAGAUGAGGGAGUGUUCCUCCUGGAGGAAUGGAAGAGUACGGUAAGAGUAGGCCCAACUGUGUUUGCUGAAAGGAGAGAGUGAGUCUGCCUUGGGUUCACAGGUAUAUCCCUUUCUGUAUCCCUCCGCCCCUCUACAGGGUUCAACACAGGGUUAUGCGUUAUGCCCGCGCAGCCUAGCAGAUGUUAGAAUGCCAGUCACACUUAGUAUUUACCGUCGCAGGCUCACUCUCAACACAUUCUGACUGGGGAGGGCAAACCUGUGUGUGUCUCUUUCCCACUACAGUAGCAUUCUCUGUAACACAGGCCAGGUUAGUGGAGCUACAGUACUGUAUUUGAAAAAGAUCGCCAAGCUAUGCUUCCAGUGCUGACAGCUCGCAUGCUUUGAUGCUCUCUG